CUGGUGAAAGCACAUGAAUCGCUCGCUCAACUGAAAGGCCGAUAAACGCGAGUUUAGGUUGCAGCCUAUAUUCAUACCAUUUGGAGCUACUUUCUUGAGAUCUACUUCUCUACUCAGAGAUGUCAACUCCACGAACAUACAAAGUGUAUGUUGGAAACCUUGGGGAAAAUGGACGAAAGGAUGAAUUGGAGAAAGAAUUUAAAAGAUUUGGAAAACUGCAUGAUGUGUGGGUUGCCCGUAAUCCACCUGGAUUUGCCUUUGUGGAAUUUGAUGACCUGCGUGAUGCAAAAGAUGCCAUUGACGCCCUAGAUGGCAAGCAUGUCUGUGGAGCCCGUAUAAGAGUAGAAAUGUCUCGACACAAGGGAGGCCGUGGUGGUCGAAGUGGGGGUGGUGGUGGUUACCGUGGUGACCGUUCUGGUGGUGGCAGACAUUUUGAGGACAGAGGAGGAGGAUAUGACCGUUAUGAUGAUCGCUCCAGAUCACCGUAUAGGUCACCACCGCGUAGAGGGGGAAGGUCUCCUGAGCAAGACAGGUGGCCAUCAAGAGGAAGGAGCAGGUCACGUAGCCCACGCCGUUACUAAAUGUGGCAUUACGUAAGCAGAUUUUCCCAGACAAGUGGAAUUCCGCAUUGUUCUGAAAGAGAAAGCUUUAAUUCAAAUAAGCUUCCAUUUUGAUUUAUACCCUUUUCAGUCCUAUGUCAAAAUCUUCAUAUUUCUGUCUUUGAAACAUUUUUUAAAGAAUAAGUUGUUACAAGUAUGCAAUUUUUAUGUAUUGACUCGAAAGAGAUUAACUAACGUAGUUUUGUCAUCAUCUGUUCAAUAUUUAGUCAGCUGUUUUAACUGGAGUAUUUUGAAAGGAGAAGUUUGGAACUGUAGCAGUCUUUACAUGCUCUGACUUUUUCCUUCAUUUGUAAAUUAAUAAUGCAGUAGAUAGUUCAAUGACUGUUAACAUCAUGAAACUCCUCAGGAGAACAGAACUGUUACAGAUCAAGUCAAGUUUUGCCUGAUUUUUCUGUUGUUACUUGUUAGAUUUUAAGUUAAAUGUGUAAAACAUUUUUGAUGUCAAAAUAAAGUCUCCUUCAUUAUUCAGUUGA